AUUCACCCAAAAUUCUUUGAGGUUAUGUCCAGUAUUUUGCUACAAGAUCCUGAGAAGAUGCCUCUGAUCAUCAUCACCGGGAUCCCCUCGAGUGGAAAAACUCGAAGAGCUCUCGAAAUAAAAUCAUUCCUCGAGGAUAAAAAUAAAAAAGUGGAAGUGCUCAGUGAAAGUGAACUUGUCAUCAAGAGUGGAUUCGAUAAAAAUGAUUUCUACAUGGACUCGAAGAAGGAGAAGGCCAUCAGGAGUGAAAUCAGGUCGAGUGUCCAGAGGACAUUGAACUCCAAGGAUGUUCUGAUUGUCGAUGGCAGUAAUUACAUCAAGGGAUCGAGGUACGAGCUUUUUUGCUUGUCCAAGCUAUAUAAAACUCCACAGUGCACCAUUCAUUGUGAUUUACCUGGAGAACAUGCCUGGCUGUUAAAUUGUGAUCGAGAAGAGGAUCGAUAUUCCAGGGACACUUUCGAUGCCCUUCUUCUGAGGUACGAAACGCCUAACAACAAGAAUCGUUGGGAUAGUCCUCUAUUUUCAGUAACUCCAGAGGAUAAAUUGCCUCUGGAUGAUAUCUAUCAUUCACUCUAUUCGGUCGAUGCCCCAAAACCCAACAUGAGCACCCAAUCACCCACGGUAUCUGCCACGAAUUAUCUCUACGAAUUGGAUAAGAUCACCCAGGAAAUAGUUAACGUCGUGACAGCGGCAGAUCAAAUGGGCAUAACGAGCGACAUUAAACUGCCUUCUUACAAUUUAAUAGUCGACAGGAGUACGAGUGCAGCGCAACUGACGAGACUGCGAAGACAAUUUUUAACGUACAGUAAAAUGCAUCAGGUCGAUUUGAACCAGAUAGCCCAAUUGUUUGUACAGUAUUUAAAUAAAAGUAUAUGAAACUAAA